AUGUUGCGCGUCGUAGUGGAAUCAGCCAAAGGCAUCCCCAAAAAGAAACUCGGAAGCCCAGAUCCCAUAGCAGCGGUAGUGUUCAAAGGUGAAAAGAAGAAAACUAAAGCAAUUGAUAGGGAACUCAAUCCCGUGUGGAAUGAAGUGCUUGAGUUCGACCUAAAGGGCUCCCCAUUGGAUGCGUCCUCCUUUAUAGACGUGAUUGUGAAAGACUAUGAGACUAUCGGCAAAGACAAAUUUAUUGGCUCAGCUAAGAUCUCUCUCCUAGACCUGGCUCACGGUCACACCAAGUCCCUCCCAGCAAAGAACCUGUCCCUGGUCAAUGAGAAGAAACAGGACACUGGGGCAACCAUUAAUUUGAUGAUUGGGUAUGAGCCGCCAGCUAACACAACUCCUAACCCUAACAAUCAAACUGAUGAAGACCAGUCGUAUGGGGACACCGGUGGGGGUGAGGAAGGGAAGGAUGGGGAGGAGGUAUCCCUUGGGGGUCAGAUGGGGACCCCUGGAGUUCCACCCACACCUGGCCAGCCUGGUAACCCCAACCAGAGGCGUGUCCGGACCAGCCGCAAGAGACACCGGGCCCUGGCCAACAAGCCCCAGGACUUCCAGAUUCGCGUUCGAGUUAUCGAGGGCCGACAGUUGCCGGGAAACAACAUCAAACCGGUUGUCAAAGUGAAUGUGUGCGGACAGACCCACAGAACCAGGAUCAGACGAGGAAACAACCCCUUCUUUGAUGAGAUCUUUUUCUUCAAUGUCAACAUGCUGCCUUCAGAGCUUUUAGAUGACUGUAUCAGUUUUCGGGUCUAUGAUUCCUACUCCCUCAGAGCAGACAGUCUAAUGGGGGAGUUCAAGUUGGAUGUUGGGUACAUAUAUGACGAACCUGCCCACGCCAUAAUGAGGAAGUGGCUUCUCCUGAGUGACUCUGGUGACUCUAGCUCGGGGGCCAAAGGUUACCUGAAGGUUAGCCUGGUCAUCGUGGGGACAGGAGACGAGCCACCGACUGAGAAGAGAGAGCGGAACGAGGAGCAAGAUGACAUAGAGAGUAAUCUGUUGGUGCCGGCUGGGGUAACACUCAGAUUGGUCACUCUCAACCUGAAGGUGUACCGUGCAGAGGACAUGCCUCAGAUGGAUGAUGCAUUUGUACAGACUGUGAAACAAGUAUUUGGAGGGGAAGGCGAUAAGAAAAACUUAGUUGAUCCAUUUCUGGAGGUCAGCUUCGCUGGCAAGAAGCUGUGCACCAAAAUUAUCGAGAAAAAUGCCAAUCCUGAGUGGAACCAGCUGAUCAACCUUCAGGUCAAGUUCCCAUCCAUGUGUGAAAGCAUCAAGUUGACUGUAUUCGACUGGGAUCGUCUGACCAGGAAUGAUGUGAUAGGAACCACAUUUCUAAAUCUGACCAAAAUAGCCUCAUCUGGUGGUGAGAUUGAAGGUAUCAGUGGGGAGGCAGAGGUGGGUUUCCUCCCAGCGUUUGGGCCUUGCUACCUAAACCUGUACGGCAGUCCCAGGGAGUUCACUGGCCUCCCAGACCCGUACGAGGAACUCAACUUUGGCAAGGGUGAAGGGGUGGCCUACAGGGGCAGAGUCCUCAUCGAGCUCUCCACUCAGCUGGAGGGCAAAGCUGACAGGAAGCUGGACAACAUCUCCAGUGAUGACAUCCUGAUGGCCCAGAAGUACCAGCGGAGGAGGAAGUUCUCGCUGUGUGCUGUGUUCCACAGCUCCUGCAUGCUCCAGGAGCCCGGUGAGCCAAUCCAGUUCGAGGUCAGCAUCGGUAACUACGGCAACAAGCUGGACUCCACCUGCAUGCCGCUGGCAUCCACAACCCAAUACAGCUGUGCUGUGUUUGACGGUAACCACUACUAUUACCUGCCCUGGGCUGACACCAAACCUGUUGUCAUCCUCACAUCCUUCUGGGAAGACAUUAGCCACCGAUUGGAUUCAGUCAACAUCAUCCUCUACAUCGCAGAUAGACUGGAAUCCAACCUCACUUCUUUGAGAACAGCCAUCCUUGCCAAAGCCUCAGAGGCGCGCUUGGCUGAGAUCUGGCUCAAACUCAUCAACCACAUGAUUGAGGAUCUGAGCAACUUUCAGGUACCAGAGCUUGAGGGCAGGCCUAACCUGACGGCGCUGGACGUCCAGAUUAAGAAGCUGCGUGAUUCGGCAGUGGCCAGCAUCAGAGAGAUGGCCAAACGCUUGAAGGAAGAGGCCACCGACGUUCUAGCCACUCUGACAGACAUCGAGGACUGGCUGGAGAGACUGAAACAGCUUGCAGAGGAGCCCCAGAACAGUAUGCCUGACGUGGUGAUCUGGAUGCUGCGUGGAGAGAGGAGGGUGGCGUACGCCCGUCUCCCAGCCAAUCAGAUCCUCUACUCCACCUACAGUGAGCAGGCCUGUGGGAAAUACUGUGGCAGGACCCAGACCAUCUUCAUGCAGUACCCCAUGGACAAAAACAAAGGCGUGAAGAUCCCUGUCCAGCUCCGUGUCAACAUGUGGCUGGGCCUCUCUGCCCACGAGAAGAAGUUCAACAGCUUCUCAGAGGGAACCUUCAGUGUGUUUGCAGAAAUGUAUGAGAACCAGGCCCAGGUGUUUGGGAAGUGGGGCACCACAGGGUUGGUGUGCCGGCAUAAGUUCUCUGACGUGACGGGGAAGGUGAAGCUGAAACAGGAGCGCUUCAUGCCCCCCAGGGCGUGGGAGUGGGAAGGCGAGUGGUUCGUCGACCCCGAGAGAGGCCUGCUAACAGAAGCAGACGCGGGGCACACAGAGUUCACAGACGAGGUCUACCAGAACGAGACACGUUUCAUUGGCGGGGAGUGGAAGCCUGCUGCCGACCCCUUCACAGACGUGAAUGGGCAGAAGAGCCAGAGUCCAGGGGAGAUAGAGUGUCCUGCUGGCUGGAAGUGGGAGGAUGACUGGAGCUUCGACAGCAACAGGGCUGUGGAUGAGAAAGGUUGGGAGUAUGGCGUCACCAUUCCCCCCGAUGACAAGCCAAAGUCCUGGGGAGCAGCAGAGAAGAUGUACCACAUCCACCGCAGGAAGAGACUCUUACGACCACGCAGGAAAAUAGCAGACACUAAAGCAGCACCUGAGAGGCGGGAUCCCGGCGAAGGCUGGGAAUACUCGUCCUUGAUUGGCUGGAAGUUCCACAGGAAGGAGCGUUCGUCUGACACAUUCCGCCGUCGCCGCUGGAGACGCAAGAUGGCUCCGUCAGAUGGGAUAGGAGCAUCAGCCAUCUUCAGAUUGGAGGGGGCGCUGGGGGUAGAUGUUGAUGAGAAGGCCAGUAAGAAGGACGCAGCCAGACUGUUUGGUGCCAACACACCCACCGUUUCCUGUAACUUUGACCGGUCGUAUAUGUACCAUCUGAGGGUGUAUGUCUAUCAGGCCAGGAAUCUCAUCGCCAUGGACAGGGACAGCUUCUCAGAUCCCUACGCCCAUGUGUCCUUCCUCCAUGUGAGUAAGACCACAGAGGUCAUCAGGGCCACUCUGAACCCCACCUGGGACCAGACCCUCAUCUUUAAUGACAUCGAGAUCUAUGGAGACCCCCAGACCAUUGCACAGAACCCCCCCAACGUGGUGCUGGAGCUCUAUGACAGUGACCAGGUGGGUAAAGACGAGGCCAUGGGUCGCUGUACGUGUCCCCCUGUGGUGAAGCUGAACCUCGGCACGGUGGUCUCCCCCAAACUGCUGUGGUUCCCCGUCACCAAGAAAGGCCGCAACGCAGGAGAGAUGCUGGUGGCUGCUGAGCUUUUGCUGAAAGACAAGGCCAAUGAGAGUGACUUGCCCCUGGUGCCCCCCAGACGAGGAGCGACGCUCUACAUGGUUCCUCAGGGAAUCAGGCCUGUCGUACAGCUUACCGCCAUCGAGAUCUUAGCCUGGGGUCUGAGGAACAUGAAGACCUACCAGUUGGCCACAGUCACCUCUCCCAGUCUCAUGGUGGAGUGUGGGGGGGAGGUCGUCCAGACGGCCGUCAUCAAGAACAUCAAGAAGAACCCCAACUUCCCCGGAUCUGUCCUCUUCUUUAAAGUGCUCCUACCCAAAGAGGAGAUGUACACCCCUCCCAUCGUUCUGAAGGUGAUGGACCACCGGCCGUUCGGCAGGAAGCCCAUUGUGGGCCAAUGUACCCUCUCCCUGGAGGAGUUCCGCUGUGACCCUUACGUCACCAAUGCUGAGGUGGCCAUGUCUUCCAAAGUGGCCAUGAUGGCAGCAACUCAAGGAGACAUCAUCAUUAACAUGGAGGAUAGGCCCAUCCUUAAUACUGAGCUCCACAAAGAGAAGGAGGAGGAGGCAGUUGACUGGUGGAGUAAGUUCUAUGCCUCUGUGGGAGAGCACGAGAAGUGUGGGCCGUACCUCAAAAAAGGAUACGACACCCUAAAGGUAUAUGAAGGGGAGUUGGAGGAGGUCCCAGAUUUCCGAGGGCUGACAGAUUUCUGUAAAACGUUCCGACUGCAGCGGGGGAAGACUGAGGAUGAGGACGACGACCCUUCAGUGGUCGGAGAGUUCAAGGGCUCGUUCCGGGUGUACCCCCUAUCUGAUGACCCAGAGAUGCCAGCCCCGCCACGGCAGUUCAGAGAGCUGCCUGAGAGCGGGUUGCAGGAGUGCCUGGUCAGGAUCUACGUGGUGCGAUGCAUGGACCUGCAGCCUAAAGACAACAACGGCAUGUGUGACCCUUACAUCAAGAUCUCGUUGGGGAAGAAAACAAAAGAUGACAGGGAUGACUACAAACCAAACACCCUCAAUCCAGAGUUUGGCAGGAUGUUUGAGCUGUCCUGUUUCCUCCCUCAAGACAAAGACCUGAAGAUAGCCGUGUACGACUAUGACUUGCUCAGCCGAGAUGAGAAAGUGGGAGAGACGGUCAUUGACCUGGAGAACAGACUCCUCUCUCGCUUCGGCGCCUACUGCGGCCUGCCGCAGUCCUACUGCAUCUCAGGGACCAACCAGUGGAGGGAUCAGCUGAAGCCCUCCCAGAUCCUGGAGAACCUGGCCAGACUGAGAGGGAACCCUUCACCCCGCACAUCUGCUGACGGCAGCACUCUCUCCUUCGGGGGGAGAGACUACAGUCUGCUGGACUUUGAGGCCAACAGAGUCAUCCACCAGCACCUGGGUCCAGCCAGGGAGAGGAUGGCCCUGCAUGUCCUCAGUAAACAGGGUCUGGUACCAGAGCAUGUGGAAACCAGGACUCUCUACAGUACUUACCAACCUACACUGUCCCAGGGAAAGAUUCAGAUGUGGGUGGACAUCUUCCCCAAGAGCCUGGGUUUACUGGGACCUCCCUGCCACAUUACUCCACGCCAAGCCAAAAAGUACUUCAUGCGGGCUAUCGUCUGGAACACGACUGAUGUCAUACUAGAUGAGACCAGCAUCACCGGAGAGAAUAUGAGUGACAUUUACGUCAAAGGAUGGAUGCCAGGUAUGGAGGAGGACAAGCAGAAGACAGACGUCCAUUACAGAUCCCUGGAUGGUGAUGGCAACUUCAACUGGCGGUUCGUCUUUGGCUUUGACUACCUGCCCGCAGAGCAACUGUGCCUCGUUUCCAGGAAAGAGCAUUUUUGGAAUCUGGACCAAACCGAGUUUCGGACCCCCCCAAAGUUGAUCGUCCAGAUUUGGGACAAUGACAAAUUCUCACUGGAUGACUAUCUGGGCACAGUCGAGCUGGACCUGCUUCAUCUGAUCCCCCCUGCCAAGACCCCUGAGAAAUGCAGUCUGAAAAUGUUACCAGGGGUUACAGGCUCCACACCUUCCAAACAACCACCGCCCAACUCUCUGUUCUCCCAGAAGUCUGUGCGGGGCUGGUGGCCCUGUAUGAUCGAGCAGGAUGGGAAGCACAUCCUGGGUGGGAAAGUGGAGAUGACCCUGGAAAUAGUGGAAGAGAGGGAGGUAGAAGAGAGGCCUGCUGGGAAGGGCCGGGACGAACCCAACAUGAACCCCAAACUAGACUUUCCCAAUCGCCCCGACACUUCCUUCUUCUGGUUCACCAGUCCAUGCAAGUCCAUGAAGUUCAUCAUAUGGCGCAGAUUCAAAUGGACCUUCAUUGGUUUGAUAGUCCUCCUGCUUGUGCUCUUGUUCCUUGGGAUCCUGCUGUACUCCCUACCAAACUACAUCUCAAUGAAAAUUGUGAAGCCUUUCUCUUAGGAGUUACUCUACGGGGCAGCUGAGUACUAUGCCUGUCUUCAUCCAAGGGAUAAGGCGACAGAAGUCUUGACACUCAGGCCCUCAAACUCUAUGCAAUGUAUUCCUAUCAGCGUUGUCUUCAGAGUCGCAUGCAUUAUUUACAUCUUUACACUUUAUCAAUCAAGGGUACACUUCACUUGCAUUAAAUACUGUAGCUACACAGCCCUUUUAAUUGUACUGUACUUGUACUGUUCUUACCUGUCUGUCUUUCCUUGAAAUACCAAAAGUGAAAGGAAAGGGGAUACCUAGUUAGUCGCACAACUGAAUGCAUUCAACCGAUAAUGUGUCUUCUGCAUUUAAUCAAAUGCUAUUUUGUAUGCAUGCUUUACUAAACCUAAUAUAGAGACUAUAUUACUAACUACUAACAACAAACACUGUUGUUGUGACUUCAAACAAUGUCCCAACAUUCUAAUAAGCCACUUCCUUAGACACCAUACAGAGAAGGCCCCAGCGCAUUUCCAAGAAAGGGCAUGAGAUAAUUUCUUGGUUGCAACAAAAAUCCCAUUUAAUUUACUCACAGAAUGUCUAGGUAUGUCAUACAGUCCGGGUAAAUCCAGGUAUGUCACACAAUAAAUGUACAUGGUUUCCAUGUAAGCAUAGACAGUUUUAGUAUAAAUAUGAAUUGGGAUCUAACUCAAAAAGGUACACAAAAUGAUUAAGGUAAAAUAGAUGAUUGUCUUGAAAUCAAAAGUUUAAAUCCAAAGGUAUUAAUCCACAAAUGAAACAGUAUUAAUCACUCUAGUUUUUGGAAGGCAUUUUUCUAGCAGGCUUCUAUCCCCUGUUCUAAUUCGGUUCCACCAUAGAGGUAAAAAGAAGGCUCAUCAUUGUAUCUGUUCUAUAAUGGCUUCUAAGACGGGAUGGGCAGUGCAAUUGAGGGCUAUCUCCAUUUUAAAGUAACUGUCCAGUGAUAAUCUCACUUUUAAAAUGUCAUGUUCUGAUAACGCAUACCCAAAUAAUGGUGUUGGCUCAUCCUAUACUAAUUUGUAGCCAAGCAGAAAUUGGAGAAAAAACACUUUAAAAUCCCAACCUCAAACGUGUAUCUCAGAUCCCAGAAAAACAUGCUUGCUAUUUCAUCAUAGAGGAUGAUGACAUCCUCCUGAGGAGGAUGAGCUGGCCAAUCAGCGGUCUACUCGCAUUAAUAUUGGACAGUUACUUUAUAGUAGUCCAUUUCUUCUUAUUCAACUUUUAAGAGUCAGUAAACAAACUAAAAGGGUGCAUACUGCCACCUGGAGUGUGUUAUCUGAACAGGUUUUAAGCCAAGGUUGGGGAUUUACUACACCUGCAGUUCUGGAAUGUUUCCUCAGGACUAUAAUUCAUUGGCUGAUCCCUCUUGAUUACCUGGAUGGAAUUAUGUGAUCCUUCCUUAAUUUAACCCAUAGGAAGUCCCAAACAGUUGACUACUUUAAAAUGGUGAAAGCCCUCAAUGGCAAUGUUCAUGCUGAAACAGGUUCUAUCCAUUCAGAGUCCUCUUUCUACAUGUAUGGGUUCCACUGAUGCAUCUUAGCUUUAACCCAUUAUAUUUCCAUAUAAACAGUUUCCAUACUGUGAAUAAUAACUUUAACAUAUUGUCUUUUCACAUACAAAAUGGCUCUAACAACUGUUGUGUUAAAAUUUCAUUUAUAUCAAUAGGCUUUUCUAUGUUUUAAUAAAGAACAAUGAUUA